GUCAUCAGGCGUGUUCGAUUUUGUCGACUCCGCCCCGGCAUGCUUUGCGCGUGGAACAGGAAGGACAUCUUUCCAUAGAGGACAACGGCCGAAAAGCACUCAAGAAACGAGUGAACCUCAUAUCCGAAGCCGGCAAACAUGAGUGAGACAAUUGAGGAGAAGAUCAAGAACUACAGGACUGCGCCCUUUGACGCCCGCUUCCCCAACACCAACCAGACCCGCAACUGCUUCCAGAACUACUUGGACUUCCACAGGUGCAACAAGGCCCUGUCGGCCAAAGACCAGGAUGUGGCCCCAUGCGAGUGGUACAAGAGGGUGUACAAAAGUCUUUGUCCCUUGAGCUGGGUUGCUAAAUGGGACGAGCAGAUUGAGAAUGGAAGUUUCCCUGGAAAAAUCUAAAACACCACCACUGUCAUCCGUCAAAACUGGUUACAAUUCCCUCAAUCGUGUUGUGAACAUCUUCAACCAGCGCCCCACGCCAAUGCUGUCAUCUUCUGUAGGGUUCCUGGUCUUAACUUAAGAUUCAAACGCACGUCAAGGUCAAAGCUGUGUUUUUCCCCCAAUAUGUAUAGUCACUUCCUGUUUGGCAUUGUUUAUUCAAUAAAUACAGUGCACACAG